CGUCCCAUCGGCCACCCCUUCAGGAGGUUAUGUGCACAUAGUUCCAUCAGCCAAGCGCAACGACAUUUCCCAGUGAUCGUUCCUUCAUCUCCACAUGGCCUUUCUACUAGUGUCAUCAUACCUUCUCCUGACUCAUGCUCACGGUGCUCCAUCUGAGAAUGGGGCUCUCAUGGAGACACUGAAGGCCCACGUCAUGUUCUUCAGCAAUAAAAGUGAACACUAUUCGGCACAAGUGAGACCUCCCGGAACAAACAGACGAAUACCUCAGACAAUCAUCAUCGGAGUUCGUAAAGGAGGGACCAGGGCAUUACUUGAAAUGCUGGACGUUCACCCAAACGUUGUGGUGGCGGCUACUGAAGUUCACUUUUUCGACUGGGAUGAGAAUUACGUGAAAGGAAUAGACUGGUAUAGGGGCCUGAUGCCAUUUUCCUAUGAAAAUCAAAUAACCAUUGAGAAAACGCCAGGCUAUUUCACUUCGCCACAAGCUCCCGAAAGGAUUCACGAUAUGAAUAGCUCUAUUAAGCUGCUGCUUAUUCUGAGAGACCCCACAGAGAGAGUUAUCUCUGAUUAUACCCAAGUCUAUUACAAUAGACUGGAAAGCCACAAGCCUGUGCAGCUCUUUGAAGACAUUGUUAUUAAAAAUGGAGCACUUAAUACCAAAUACAAGGCCAUCCAGAGAAGCCUGUACGACGUCCAUAUGGAGAAGUGGCUUAAACAUUUCAAUUUGGAUCAGAUUCACAUAGUGGAUGGCAAUACUUUAAUCAAGGACCCUCUUCCCGAACUGCAAAAAGUGGAAAGAUUUCUUAAUCUGCCUUCCAGAAUCGUGUCUUCAAAUUUUUAUUUUAACCAGACCAAGGGGUUCUACUGCAUUCGGAGUGACGGCAGAGAGCGGUGUUUACACGAAUCAAAAGGACGCCCACACCCCGUGGUGAACAGUACUGUUUUAGAACAACUUUACUCCUAUUUCAGAGAGCACAAUGCAAAAUUUUACAAAAUGAUUAAUCAUUCUUUUGACUGGCACUAGUAGCGUUUUUCGGAAGAAAGGAUUUUUUUAAAACAAAAAAUGUCCUGUGGUGAACUAUUUUCAAGCACUUCCUGGCAAACUCUGGGUUGCAUUCACCUUGACGUGAAGACCAGAGUUUGCUUUUCUGUGGUAUUACACUAGAGCCCAUUGCAUUAAUGGGAAGUACUCAUUAUUGUAAGGGUACUAGCAGGGGCUUUUAACUACUGUAAUGAACUCGAUUGCAUCAGGGCAAGUCCACCAACUUCAAUGGAGUUGUUUCAGAUUUACACUUGUAUAGCCGAGCUGA